ACAAACCAAUCAACAAUGGCAGCUCUCAAAUCCAUAAACUCCAUUACAUCUCCAGCAAGAAUUACCAAGCUAACAUUUUUACCAACCCCCACAUGGUUUCAACCCAAACCCAUCUUCCAACAAGUCAAUACCAAAAGAAUUAGACUAUUUCCAGCUCAAUCCAGUUCAAAACCAAACACAAAUCAAGGAAAUGCAGCAGAUGAAUCCUUGUUAAAUGACCCAAUUUCAAGAAUCCAACCACAACCCACUUCAAAUCAACCUCCACCUCCUUCAAUUUCAUCGUUUUCGCGGGGUUUAGUUUUUGAUUUAGGGCAAAAAGAUUCUUGGGAUAGCUCUGAAAUUGGUUCACCUGUAGUGAAAAGAUACCUUAGUGAUGAUGAAGAGAGAUGGUACAUGUGGUACCAUGGGAGGGGUAGUAAUGGUAAAGAUUCAAUUGGUUUAGCUGUUUCUAGUAAUGGGGUUCAUUGGGAAAGAGGUGAAAUUGUGUUGAAUUGUGGUGAUAAUUGGUGGGGUUUUGAUACACAAAGUAUUAGGCCAUGUGAGGUUGUGAUUAUGUCAAGUGCUAAAGUACGAGCUAAUAGCUCUGUUUAUUGGCUUUACUAUACUGGUUUUGGUUCUGAAAAGAUUGAAACUUUAGAAGAUUCAGAUAGACCGCGAUUUGGGAAUGGAGAUGGAGAGAUUUAUAAGUCGUUGCCCGGAUUAGCAAUGAGUCAAGAUGGUAGGCAUUGGGCAAGAAUUGAAGGGGAACAUCAUUCUGGUGCUUUAUUUGAUGUUGGUUUAGAUGGUGAAUGGGAUUCUUUGUUUAUAGGUUCACCAAAGGUAGUUUACCAUAGUAAUGGCGAUUUAAGAAUGUAUUACCAUUCAUAUGACGUUGAAAAAGGGUGUUUUGCAAUUGGGAUAGCAAGGUCAAGAGAUGGAAUGAAAUGGUUAAAGCUAGGGAAGAUUAUAGGAGGAGGAGGUAUUGGUGGUUUUGAUGAACUAGGAGUGUUGAAUCCACAUGUUAUACGAAAUCGAAAAGAUGGGAAGUAUUUGAUGGUUUAUGAAGGUGUGGAUGGAAAUGGGAGGAGGAGUAUAGGGAUGGCAUUAUCUUCUGAUGGAUUAAAGGGAUGGAGAAGAGUUGAAGAAAAUGAUCCAUUGUUGAAGAGAUGUGAAGAAGGGGGGUGGGAUAGUGAAGGGGUGGGAUCACCAUAUCUUGUUGAAAUGGAUGGAGAUGAUCAAGAUCAUGAAUGGAGAUUGUAUUAUAGAGGGAUUGGGAAAGAUGGAAGAAGUGGAAUUGGUAUGGCAAUGUCUCAAGGAAAUGAAUUCAAGAGUUUUCAAAGGUGGAAAGGGUUUCAUUUGUAAGGCAUGUAAUACUGGCAUUACAAUGUGAGUAGUCAAUAUUCCUUGUUUAUAGUUUCCCUCCUUUUCGUGGUCAGAUUAGUUUGUGUGCAUCUCGAUUAUUUCAAUGGUAAAUGUUACUUCCUUUCAAUACAUGUAUUGAGUAACUCUAAUCUUC